AUGCAGUAUGUGCUAAAAGAUCAGACUAUGGGUAGUAAUGCCGUUGUUGGCGGUCUCGCCACAUUUUCGGCGGUAGCCACCACCAUCUCCUUGAUAAGCGUUGUCUACCUCGUCAAUGACAUCAGCAAUUUCUACGAUGAUGCUUUGCUCGAGCUUGACAGCUUCAAGGACACCGCCAACACUGCCUGGCACAAGAUGCAGUCUGCUCCAGAAAGGACGCGUGAAAAAAGGGCAACAGCUUCCACCUGCAACUGUGGCCAGCAGUCCGCCAACUGUCCCAGAGGACCACCAGGUCCAAUCGGAAAACCUGGACUCGUCGGAGAAGAAGGAACCGCUGGUGUUCCUGGUAAACGUGGCCGUGACGGUAAUACCAUUUUGAACCAAGAAUACCAAACAUGCAUCAAAUGCCCAAUGGGACCACGAGGACCACCGGGUCCUGACGGCGACGAAGGAGAACCGGGACAUGAUGGAGCCUGUGGCGAGGAUGGUAGCAAGCCUCAUGAUGGUCAUAUGGGAUCAAUGGGAUUGUAUGGAGAGAUGGGACCACCCGGGCCACCUGGACCACCAGGAGAUCCAGGAGAGCCUGGUGGCCAUGUCACUUACAAAAGAGGAUCGCCUGGACCACCUGGACCAAUGGGACCCAUGGGUCCGCCAGGACCAUACGGACCAGAGGGUCCAGAAGGACCUCCAGGAGAGCCUGGACCGAUGGGACCUAUGGGACCACCUGGAAAAGAUGGAAAGAAAUCAAAGGAUGGAACAGAUGGAAAACACGGAGAAGAUGGUAAACCAGGCAAAAAUGGCGAGUACUGCCCGUGCCCGCAGAGAUACGCAGCACCAAGGGACAAAUCAAGCUAUGCUCUACAUCGUUCCCUCGCUCAUGAUGAUGACUCAAAUAAUGAAGAAAACAGUGAGAACUUCAAGAAGGUCAAGAAGGUCGUAAAGAAAAGUGUGGACGAAACGCAUGUAGCCAAUGACACCGAACUGCUGGAGCCUGCACAUCGUCCUACUGUUAACGACAUCACUAUGCUUGGUGGUAACGAUACCGUAUCUCUCGGCGGGAACAACGAUACUGUUGUGGAGACAUCUCAGUAG